AUGGUCCGUAGCAUUUCUCGAGAGUUCCAAGUUUCUAUGAAGUUCUUUCUUUGGCUAGAAGUGGACUGCUACGAUUUUGGCCAACCUGUUACUGGAUUGGCGUCAUUGGUCAGGACUGUGCUUGGAAAACCCCUGGAUAAGCGCGAAUGCGUGUCUGACUGGGAACGGAGACCCCUUCGUCGUGAGCAGUUGCUGUACGCUGCAUUGGAUGCGUUUUGCCUGGUGGAAAUGUAUCUUGCUCUUGUUGCGAAAGCCGAAGAUAUGCAGGUAGACUUCAGAAGCAUUUUCAACGGGGAAUGUUUGACUCCGCAAGGAUUUGAGGAAUUUUCUGCAAUGUCGGCUGAUAUUUUUCAACGUCAGGAAACCGUCUCGGUAUGCUCUGAUGGAAGUAGCUGCGAAUCUCAGAGGCCGAGAGUGUCUCCUGGUCAGCUACGAGUGAUAACAGAUCUUGCUCUUCGAGGAUUGUGUAGGCAAUUAAGGUCCUUGGGUGUGGAUGCCAAAAGCAUAACGGACGGAGAACCGCGUCAGAAAUGCGUCGAGUAUCACCGUCUUGAAAAACGUGUUAUUCUCGCGAAGCAGGGGAAAUCGUACCGUGACUUGUGUGGUUAUGUGCUCCCGUCUGUGAUCCUCUGCAUCAAGUACAACAAAGUACCUGAACAAGUGAUGCAAGUCGUUCGCGCUUUCAAUCUGAAAAUCACGAAGGACCAGAUUUUUUCUAGAUGCGCUAGCUGCAAUGAGGAGCGGUUCUUGGGAAUACACGGACAGGUCAUGUCAGUGAUGGCCGACAAAGUUGUCCCUUUGCGGCCAAUGGAUUCUGAUGGGAACCAAUUCGAUGAUCGACUUGAAGAUUCGUGUGCUCAGCUUUUAGCUUUAGGGAGGGCGAAGAGAAUUUGUGGGCUGACUCGAAAGGAAAUUGCCGAGGAAACGGAAAAGCAUGGCGUUGGCAAUUGGCGAAGUGUUGGCCAACUCGGUUGGACUCGGGUUAUCGGCGGCUUCGUCAAUGUGAAAACCGGGAAGCUUCUGAACGGACGCAGGUUAGCUUGUGGCCAUGGUGGAGCGUUACGCGUCGAGCACACGUCGGUAGAGACGAAUAUGUUCUUCGUUUGUUGCCGUUGUGGGCAUGUUUUCUGGGAAGGGUCUCAUCUCCGUAAUUUUAUUCGCACGUAUUCGGAAACUUACGGAUUGUGUUUGUCAGAUUAGAAAAAGUGGAGGAAAUUUGAAAUGUUUUUCAGUUAAUUUGAUUCAAAGGAAUUGAUGAUCCAAGUAAAAUCUAAAAUCGAAAGAUUCUGGUCAUUUUUGGCGUUUUCAACAAUAUUCGAGCUGAAGAAAUUGAAACGAGUUGGAAUUAUUUUCUGAUAUUUUCCGGAGACAGGUACUCUUAAAAUGUUUAAACUAAAAUUGUGGCAUACCAUAUGUUUAACAAGCGACCCUUAUUCCGUUGCCGAUGUGUGGCAGAUGAAAGCAUUUAAGUCCUGUUAAAAUUUCAAUUUUAAGUUCGAGGCAAAUGAUCGGUGUUGAAGAACAAAGGUUAAAGAAAUAAAACUAUCACUUUCAAAAUCAA